UCACAGAUGAGCAACUUCUGAAGUCCAUUCUCGAAAUCCAAAACCUGUCUUUGAAAUAUACUACCUCCAUCUUGCUUUCACCACUUUCUUCAUAGCAUUGGAGAGGUUGAGCUAGACAGUCCCAAUGCCUAAGAGCAGCAAAGUGACCCAGCGGGAACAAAGCAAUGAACCUGUCACAGAAUCAGUGGCUGAUCUACUGGCCCUUGAGGAACCUGUGGACUAUAGGCACAGUGUCCUAAAUGUGGCUGGAGAAAACUGGAGCAAACAGCAGCCAGAUGUGGAGGAGCCUGUUGAGGAUAGGCCAGCAUGGAACAACAAGCUUCAGUACAUUUUGGCUCAGAUUGGCUACUCAGUGGGAUUGGGGAAUGUAUGGCGGUUUCCAUAUUUGUGUCAAAAGAAUGGUGGAGGUGCCUACCUUGUUCCGUACCUGAUACUGCUCAUCCUCAUUGGAAUCCCUCUGUUCUUUCUGGAGUUAGCCGUGGGCCAGAGAAUCCGCCGUGGCAGCAUAGGAGUGUGGAAUUAUGUCUGUCCCCGGUUAGGGGGCAUUGGAUUUGCCAGCUGCCUAGUCUGCUUGUUUGUUGGGCUCUAUUACAAUGUGAUCAUAGGGUGGAGCAUCUUUUACUUCUUCAAAUCUUUCCAGUAUCCUUUGCCUUGGAGCGAGUGCCCUCUCUUAAAAAACGGCUCAGUAGCAACUGUGGAACCAGAAUGUGACAAAAGCUCUGCUACAACCUAUUUCUGGUACCGUGAUGCCCUGGAAAUUUCAAAUUCCAUCUCAGAGAGUGGUGGACUUAAUUGGAGAAUGACCUUAUGUCUACUAUUGGCUUGGAGUUUGGUGUGUUUGGCUAUGAUCAAAGGAAUCCAGUCUUCAGGAAAGGUGAUGUAUUUCAGCUCCCUCUUUCCUUAUGUGGUGUUGAUCUGCUUCCUGGUCCGAGGGUUGCUCUUGAGGGGAGCAGUAGAUGGGAUUGUGCAUAUGUUCACUCCCAAGCUUGAUAAAAUGUUGGAUCUCCAAGUCUGGCGAGAAGCAGCCACUCAGGUCUUCUUUGCUCUAGGUCUGGGUUUUGGUGGAGUUAUUGCUUUCUCCAGUUACAACAAACAGGACAACAACUGCCACUUUGAUGCAGCUCUUGUCUCCUUCAUAAACUUCUUCACCUCUGUCUUGGCCACACUGGUAGUCUUUGCUGUGCUGGGCUUCAAAGCUAAUGUCAUGAAUGAGAAGUGUGUGGUUGAGAAUGCUGAGAAGAUCCUGGGUUAUCUGAACUCCAAUGUCCUGAGCCAUGCACUCAUUCCACCCCAAGUGAACUUCUCCCAUCUCACAUCCAAGGACUACACUGAGAUGUAUGGUGUGAUAAAGACGGUAAAAAAGGAUCAUUUCCAGAAGCUGGGGCUGGAUCCCUGUCUACUGGAAGAUGAGCUUGACAAGUCUGUGCAGGGGACUGGGCUCGCAUUCAUAGCUUUCACGGAAGCAAUGACCCACUUCCCAGCUUCUCCUUUCUGGUCAGUGAUGUUCUUCCUGAUGCUGAUAAAUCUGGGUUUGGGGAGCAUGAUUGGGACCAUGGCUGGCAUCACCACACCCAUCAUUGAUAUGUUCAAAGUGCGUAAAGAAGCAUUAACAGUUGGCUGUUGCAUUUUUGCUUUCUUUGUGGGGUUGUUAUUUGUGCAACGGUCAGGCAACUACUUUGUCAACAUGUUUGAUGAUUACUCUGCAACACUGCCCCUCACUCUUGUUGUCAUCUUGGAGAACAUUGCAGUGGCAUGGAUUUAUGGUACCAAGAAAUUCAUGCAAGAAUUAACUGAAAUGCUAGGUUUCCGUCCUUAUCGUUUCUACUUCUACACAUGGAAGUACAUCUCUCCCAUCUGCAUGGCAGGCCUAAUGACAGCCAGUAUAAUUCAGCUAGUCGUCUCUCCACCAGGUUAUAAUGCCUGGAUCAGAGAAGAGGCUGCAGAGAAAUUUCUCUAUUAUCCAAAAUGGGCCAUGGGCGUCCUUGUCUCCCUGAUCAUACUGGCUAUCAUUCCUCUUCCCGUAGUCUUCAUUCUCCGUCAGUUCCAUCUAAUAUCAGAUGGUUCCAAUGCACUGUCUGUCACGUACAAGAAGGGGCGUAUGAUGAAGGACAUCUCCAACUUAGAAGAUAAUGAUGAGACCCGUUUUAUCUUGAGUAAAGUACCGAGUGAAGCCCCAUCCCCAAUGCCUACCCAUCGUUCUUAUCUGGGCCCAGGGACGACAUCUCCAAUGGAGAUGAGCAAUGUAGCCAAUGGACGCUACAGUGGUGGGUAUCUUACGGCUACCACCCCUGAAUCUGAACUGUGACCAUCAACAAGCUACCCACCCCUACUUACUGAGUGAAGGAGAGGGGGCCCUAGAGAAAGAAACUGAACUUUAGGAAUCCCUUCCCAGAAUUUACAGCAGUCAGGGACCACUUGGUGUUGAGAGGGUAUAAAAGCUGGGAAGGGUGAAAGCCUUUCUUCUGGCCAUCUCUAGCCAAAAUGUCAGAGCCCUCCUCAGUGAAUAAUAAUAAUAAGACAAUGCAAUAAAUUUUAUGGGCACAAGGACAAUUUUAGCUAAUUGGUACUGAAAACAUUUUUAAAAAUCACUCAUAUUCAAGCAAUCAGAGAAUUGAAAGAGGAAGCAAAACAAGGCAACAGCCAAAGAAAAGAUGUCUUGCUUCCCAGAAGCUCUGUCUGUGUCCAUGCCUUUCCUCUAGUUAAAAGAAGCAUUCCCAUCUCAUUCAGCUGAGUACGUCUAAGCACUUCUAUUCAUAGCACAAGGAAGGCUUUAUCAGACAACCUAUGGUUUUAAGCUUUGAUGAUAUCCAGUUUGCACACUAGCUUUGGUGAAUGCUUCUUACAAGUCUGGGCCUGAUAUAUAGUCUAUUGACAGCACAUUACAAUGCCCAGUGGUGGGGAAACCAAAGCUGAUGGGGGACCAAAAACUGUAAGAGAACUGAAGGGAUGUUGUUUCAGUGAAGUUUGCAUUGAUAUGCUUGCUAAUAUUACAUGCAGUUUCCUUUACCAAAAGAUGGCUCAAGCAAUAGUAUAAAGUAUAAGUUCGGUUGUGUGCCAUGUGUGUAGGGGAGAAUCAAGGAAUCUUGCAUGUAGGGCAGAAUAUUUGCCAUCAGUGUCAUCACUCCUAGUCUCAUUUCUCUAGUUCAGACAUAUAAUGACAACUCUUCAGGAGCAGCUACUCUCUGCUGCAGCCUUCCUUCAACCUGGGGCCCUCCAGGUGUGUUCGGUUUACUGGGGACAGUGGAAAUUGCAAUCUAACAUACUGAAAGUAUCUGUUUGUGGAAUGUGGCUCUAGAGCUACACUGAAUGUAUGCAAGGGGCUUUUUGCAUUAUUAGUCUGAGGGAUAGUAAAAGCACAUUUGAAAAAUGACUACAUCUUCCUUCAAGAUAGCACUCACCCAUAUGUUGGGUCUGUCACAUUUUCUGAGUAACAUGUUACAUUUUGUGGCUCAGAAAAUGUCAUGCCUCCUUCAGAUGCUGCAUUCUUUGCUUUUGUAAUAGAAGGGUGGAAUGUAGAUGCAGAUGUGUAAGAGUCACCCAUAAGAUAUAGCAAUUACAUUAUUAAUAACUAAUGACACAGGUUCGGUCUCUUGCUUAGUCAUAUUCAGUUAAUGACUCAAGACCUGCAGUGCCACUCUUUAAAAAACCUCUUCUUAAAAGUUUUAUAUUGUUAUUCUUUUAGCUAGUUGGCUGUUGUACAAUUUAAUAAUGUGGGAGUGCACGCAUAGAGAGAUCCUUUUUUCAAAACGUUCAAUAUUGCCACAUGAUUUUAUAACCGUUUAAAGGUGUAUUUUUCCCUUUCUUAAUUUGGUGUUUCAACAUUCCUCUGUUGCACUGUUUGUGUGUGUGCACCUAGUCUGAUUUUUUAAAGUGGAAAACAGUGAAAAGGCUACUCUUUUACCACCACCAUAAUAAGGAGCCCCCAGUGGCGCAAUGGGUUAAACCCUUGUGCCGGCAGGACUGAAGACCGACAGAUCGGAGGUUCAAAUCCGGAUAGAGUGUGGAUGAGCUCCCUCUGUCAGCUCCAGCUCUCCAUGUGGGGACAUGAGAGAAGCAUGCCACAAGGAUGGUAAAACAUCAACAUCCUUACAGAUGGCCAAUUCUCUCACACCAGAAGCAACUUGCAGUUUCUCAAGUCGCUCCUGACAUGAAAACAAACAAAAAAACUACCAUAAUGAAACAGUGUACUUUACAAAGAGAUCCCAUGCUGUUAUGGCAUCAUUGUGUAGUUGCUAAUAUCCAAAAAAGUGUAAUUUGUAUUUUAAAAAAUAGUUUUUAAAAAGUCUCCAACCCUUCCUAUUUGGUCAGGAAGCUCUUUUUAAUGUUUAGUCUCAAUUCGUUUUCUUGAAUUUUGAACCUAUAUUUGGCAGCAGCAGAAAACACAUUUGCUCCCAUUUUCCUCUAUGAUAACCUUUCAAAUAUUUGAAGAUGGCAAUCAUAUCUCCUCUUCAGCUAUGAGUCACUUGCCUUGAUAAGAAUGUUUUGCCAAACCAAACUAAAGACUGCAGAUUCAAGCCUUCUUACCUGCUUUCCCCUUGCAGUUGUGCUUAGAAGUGCAACAUAAUGAGACCAUGUGAAGCAAGCAUUAAACAUAAGCCCAUGCACUUAUUCCCAGUGUGAUCUUGGGAGCUGUUGGUUUUUUCACAUGUAUUUCUGGAUGGUGCUAACAUUUCUCCAUAUAGAUGGUUGUGGCAAUAUGCAGACAGUCAGGUUGCCCUUGGAGUAUGACCAACUCUGAUUAUAUUAUGGUAGUGAAAACUCAGAAGGAAUAAGGAAAUGGCUAGAGGAAAGCAGAGGAUAUCUUUGUUCCAAAUAAUCAAGAAGUAUUGGUGCUUCAGCUUUAGGAACCCUUUAAAACUGGUCCGUAACCCCUUCCUUAUAAUUCAAGAACUGAUUGGAAGUGUAUUGAGAUUUUGCUUUCCAAAAUCUAAUGGGUUACCUGUGUAGAGCUGGUUCCUCUCCUUCUUGACAUACUUAUUUUUUGAUUUGGAUUGGGAAAUUCAAGUAAAGAUUCAAAAUUUGGACUCAGAGCAUCUGAAUGGAACUAUUACCAAUACACAGGCAUUUUCUUGUAAAAUGGCUGAGAGGAUAACAGAAGAGGGUUCAUUGACCCUUCCCAACUGUUUUAUCAUGGUAACCUGUGAGUUUUGAAAGAAAGGAGCCAUUCAUCUGAAAGAACUGCUGUCUUAAAGGUUUUUGUGUUGUCAAAGGCUUGCAUGGCCAGAAUCACUGGGUUGCUGUGAGUUUUUUGGGCUGUAUGGACAGGUUCCAGUAGCAUUUUUUCCUGGUGUUUCACCUGCAUCUAUGGUUGGCAUCUUCAGAACCUCUACUAGAACAUGGUCGGUCAUACAGACUGAAAAACUCACAACAACCCAAUGAAAGGUUUUUUAUUUUUACAUUUAAUCCCUCUCCUCCCAUCUGAAUGCAUGAAUGAGUACACAGACAUGUACACAAAGCAAAUACACUCAUCCUCCCUCCCAUCUCAGUGUUUUCAGUGCUAAUCAGCUGGAGAGAGUAAAGGAUGGGAGAGGCAUGAAACAGACUAUGAAUUCCUUAUACAUGGGAUAAUCACUUACACUUACUUAUUUCUCACACUACUAUCCCGCUUUUCUGCCAGUGAGUUCUUGGCAGAGUUAUUGAGUAACCUUGGUUUAGUUAUUUUCUCUCAAACUGACCUAGAAUCAUAGAGUUUGAAGACACCACAAGGACCAUCCAGUCUUAUCCCAUUGGACUAUUGUGUGGAUCAAAUUGAUAGGAGAGGAACCAUGUGGGUUAAGUCAGACCAGGAGAGAAGGACUAAUCCAAGGAUACUCUGGAGAGUUUCACAGCAGAGUGGGGAAUCCGAAUCUCCCACAUUCCAGUACAGCACUUUAAUGACUAAAGCACAUCGAUUAACUCCUAGAAAAAGCUCAGGACUUAUGUUAUUGUUCUUUUCCCCAGCCCAUAUUUUUCUUCCCCCUCUUCUGAGGUCAAGUCAUCUUCUUAAGCAAGGAAACUUUUAGGGACUUGACCGCCAGAGAUAUAUGUAUUUCUGCUGGUCCAGAUUCUUUGCUUAUGCACAUUGGCAUAUUACUUGAGAAAUUCCGUAAGAUGACCAGAGCCAAAUCAAAAAUCAAUGCACCUCCACUGGAGUGGGUAAAAGAGACCUGCGAGGGAAGCAGGUCUGUGUUGCAUUUCUAUGGUAUCUUGGUCACAGUCUCAUGGGCCAUACCUGCCAUUUUGCAAGGGCCCACUGCACUUCAUGCUCUUAUCUAAUAGAGCAAUGGCAAUGGGAAGACAAAGAGACAUUAUAUUAUGUGUGUGUAUAUGUAAAUAUAUAUAGAAUAACUCAUAGAUUCUAUUUCUAUUGUAUAUUUAUUCUGUAAAUGGUGUUGUAAAUUCUGUUAAAUGACAUAUUCCAAGAGUGAUAAUGUGAACUAUUUUCAUUCUCAGUGCUGUACAGAUAUAUUUUAUUGUAUAUUUGAUAUAUUUAUAAUUUUUUAGUGUAUGAUUGGUGACCACACCCUGCUGAGCUGCCCACUUGGGGGGUGGGUGGGGGAGCACUAAGGGGCACUGCCUUCAUUAUUUCUGUGGAAAUGUUAACAGUAUUAUAUUGUGGCAUUUUGCUAGGCUUUAGAAUUGGAAAGUGGUGGGACUCAAUGUUAGAUGCCUUGAGCAAUCACUCCAUGGACUCUCUCUGUGUUAGAGCUUGUAGCUGCUGUUGCGUUUAUGUUUGUUAUACUAGGAUGAGCAUAUCCUAUAAUGCUGUCACUUACAAGGCCAUUCUGUAGCUUUUCGUAUUGUGAAUAUUAUCUGUCAGUGAGUGUGGCUUAAGAACAUCCCCAAAUCGACAGCUUAUUCUGAAAGGUUGUGCAGUCAUGUUCAGGAUAUAUAGCAGGGAUGGGGAAAACGGUCCUCCAGAUGUUUUUGACUACACCCCCCAUCUUCCAUUACUUUUAGCCAUUGUGGGUGAGACUGAUGGGACAUGGAGUCCAAUAAUAACUGGAGGGCUAUGUAUUUUUCACUCCUGCUAUGUAGCUACAAGAAUGAAUAAAAAAUUAUGGUUGUGUCUAUUGUGGAUCCGAAAUACAUAAAUGAUAAUAGAUGGGGAGCUUCAGAAGUCAAUAUUUCUUUUAAAAACACCUUGCUCUUUCAUAUAGAGGGGUCAUAAGAUCUCUAUUUAGAUGCAGGUAGCUGUUGCUUAACAGAUAUAUGAUAAGAAGUGUCCAAACUUUGCAAAAUAAGUAGCUAUAAUCAUAUAAUGAGUAGUCUAUGAUAUUCUCAGUUGACCUGGAGUAUUCUCAGUAAUUACUCCCAUCUGUCAUUUACCUGAAUCUGUAGCUGUUACCUGCCCAAAAUGGACACUCUAAUGUCUUAUAGCACAGGCGACAACUUUGUGAAGCACAAAAGACCAGAAAGAAAAACUAGUACAUUAGCAGCCACUUCCACCAAUGCAAUAUAUUCAGAAUGUAUCCCAUAGUUCCUGUUUUGCUUACUAGAUGAAUCCACAUGACAGGGAUAUUAAAUAUACCAUUAUCUUGGCCAUUUGGGCACAAUCAAUUCACAUUGGGUUUUUACAUUUUAGCACAGCCACAUAAAUAUUUACAGCUGCAAUCUUUUGCUCACUUACAUGAGGUUGUUCCAUUAAACUCAGUGGGACUUACUUCCAAGUAGAAUGUAUUGGGUUCUGUUGUAUGUUGUUGAAUUGUUUGCCAUAGAAAGGAAUUUCAGCCACAGCUAAGCACACUUAAUUGAAAUGGGCCUUUAAUCUUUCCAAUAAUGCAGCUCCUGAUAAUAGCACAAGCAGCGGAUACAAUCUACAUGCCAAUCCAGAAAAUGGAUUCUCUAUGUAGUAGCACACUUCCCCACAUGAAUCUUUUUUUUCCAGUUCAGAACACACGAGCACAAUGUACAUCCUGGGAUGCUCAUCCAAAUAUUGGUGGCAUCUGUUCGCAUUAUGUUGCUUUCACACUGAUGUGCAUCUUUCAGCCCCAAUGGGUUGCAAAUAAUCAAAUGAUCAAGUGGUCAGGACUGGAUGGAUAGAUAUAGACCAGGCAUCCUCAAACUGUAGCCCUCCAGCUGUUUGAGUCUCCAACUCCCAUAAACUCUAACAAGCUUGUUCAAUUGUCAAGAAUUCUGGGAGUAGAAGGACCAAACAGCUGGAGGGCCACAGUUUGAGGAUGCCUGGCAUAGACUCUAGAUGCACCAUCACUUCAUAUCAUAAGCCCUUAUAUCUUGCCUUGAAAGAGGAUUGAAGCCAAAGCUUUUAAAGGUUAAAGCAACUCAGUUUUGUUUGAGGAUGAGCUUUUCAGAUUGCUGCUAAAAAAAACCUAUUAUCUAUCCCUGCUAUGCUUCUUGAUUUGAAUUUCCUCUCGGUUAUGAAAACUCACUGAGUGACCUUAGGCAAGAUAUAUUCAGCCUCAGAAGAUGGCAAAGGCAACCCCCUCUCCAAAUAAACAAAUCUUGCAAAAAAAAAAAAAGCCUACCACUCCCAUGACAGGAUUAACUUAGGUCACUGUAAGUUGGAAGCAACUUGAAAGCAUACAACUGCGACAUGAUCCGUCUUGAUGACCACUUUUUGACUUAUUUGUACCAUCAUAAAUCAAGCUCAAACUUAUCACCCCAUACAGAGAUCUUGUUCCUUGUUUCAGUGUGUCUGUACAUCAGAAGUCACCCUGAUUCCUAAAAAGGUCCUCUGAAACUGAAUGUUGAAUGGGGUUGUAGCAAGUAAUAGUGACAUGUAAAAUCAUCAAUAUGUCUUGGAUCGUUGAAUAGGAGCACUCAAAAUGGAUCAACUCCAAGGAACAAGUUGUGAUAUACUUUAUGAGUUCAUCUUGUAGUAUUGAGGUUAGAAUGGGUAGAAUUUUUCCUAAAUGGCCAUCUUUUGAGUUUCGUUCAAAGGACGUAGAAUAAAUCAACCUGACCAACAUUCCUAAAAUCAAUACAAAGUUAUAAAGCAGGGAUUUUCACAGUUAAUAAAAACUCAAGUAUUUCACCAACCAUGAAUAUUCCUUACUUUUAGCAGUUGACAAUCUGCAUUUUGCCUCUGUGCUAUUUGAAAUACUGCAAACUCCUUCCUCCAGCACCUGCAGGUGAACCAACACUUUCAGGUUAGUCUAAGAGAUGGUUUCACAUUGUUCUCACAAAACCUCUAGUGGGAGAGAUAGUGGAUGACAUAGCAGAGAGCUUGCCAUCUCGGAGCUUGGGGAAAUGAUUUUUAGACCAUAACACUGGUUGUUCUGGCUCAGGGAUUCUGGGUGUUGUAGUCCAAAAAGUAACUUUCCCAAGUUCUGUUCUGAGCAAGUUAUUCUCACUACCACUGCCAUUUCAAUUUUAAGGAGACAACUUUUUUAUCUGAUCAAAUUUUACUAUAUAUUCUUUCUACAGCCUUGUAUUUUAGGUUAAUGUGUCACAGGGUCCAACCAGCAGCCACAAAAAGUGGCUAGCAUCAAACUGGACCUUUCCCCCUCCUAGGUACUUCCCACAGUCUUCAAUCUGUUUGGGAUGGUUUGUUAACUUCAGCUGCGAAGUUUCUUUUCCACCUCAGUUUUGGACCAAGCAUAGCAGGACUAUGCAGAAUACUCAAAGAGGCAUAUUUCCCUGGGAACAGCAAGCAUAAUAUUUCACCUGUACUUAUUUUAAUGUUUUGAAAUUCAGUCCCAGACCUCAGAGAAAAGGAGGCUAGAAAAGAAAUAAAUAACUUGCCACAGAGAUCCUUUAAAACCCAGGGUGUUACUCAUCAGAGGUACAGAAAUGCCCACUGACCUCACAGCAAGCUGGGAAUAGGUAGGGGAAAAAACCAUCUAAUUUGACUGAAAAACUGGUGUGUCAUAAGGCGAAGAGAAAGAAAAUAGGAUAGAGCUUAAUUGAGCCAGUCCUGCAGCACUUGAUCAGAUACCCUUAGUAGCUGAACCCCAAAUCGCUCUCUCUACAAGGAUGUCUGUAGCUGUAGGGAAAGAAGCAGAACUUGGACCUGCUGGGUUUUCUGAACUGUUCUAACAUCAUGUAAUUAAAAACAUUGAAAGCACUUGUCUCUGUUGAAACUUUACUGUACCGGGGGCAGGGGGGAGCACAGAUUCGUGAGUGUAACUUGUCUCAUAUACAGUGUAACCAGUGUAUCUACCGUAUGCUCCCUGUGUCAGCAGGAGAAAUCUGUUGUAUGGGAGAAAAACUGUAACAACUCUUAGCAGCCUGCAAUUAAAAAGAGUUUCUUCUUUACCAUGCAA